GAGGCGGGAGGGGCGGGGGGGGGGAAGAGUGUGCGUGCUCGUGUGUGUGUGUGACUGUAACGAGGCCCGCUGGCCCCGUUGAGGACAUCGCUGCUGACGACAACGGCGAGGCGAAGCAACGCCGGCUUGAGGUGAACGGAGGUUUCGCUUCCAGCCCGCCUCAGUCCGUUCGCUCCUCCUGAGGAGGAAGCGUGAAGGGGGGUGGGUAGGACACACGGGGCAGCGGCUGGCGGAGCGACGGCCGCCUCCGCACCUGUCUCCGAGCCCCCGCCCCGCAGCCGGCCAGACCCAGACAGAGCGAGGAGGAGGAGGAGGAGGAGGAGAACGGGGACGACGAGGACGCCGCCGCCGCCGCCGGAGACGACGACGAGUGGGUGUUGCCGGCGCCGAGCACCUGGCUCUACCACCCUUUACCCCGCCUCCGUCCGUCUCUCGCCUUCCUCAGUCGGUCGCCUCUCAGGGGAGCCCGUGCCGCGGCGAGAGCCCUAGUGGGAUCGGCACGGCGAGGAGGAGGAGGAAGGGCGCGAGCACGAGCACGCAGGGCCGAGGCGGCUGCGGGCGGAGCCGCGACCUGUUUCCCUGAGAGAGAGCGAGAGAGACCGGAGGCAUCCUCUAUACAGAGAGAGAGAGAAGUGGGGGGAAGAGGGCGAGCGAACCUUUCUCCGCCGUCGCCGGGAGCUUUUCCUGCCUUGCCUUUCCCGCGGGCCGCCCAAGCCUCUCCGGGGUCGCUUCGGAGGUUUGGCAGCGGCGGGGGGGAGGAGGCGGGGAGAUUAAAUGAAAUUGAAACACACACAUACACACAGAUAUAUUUAAGGAAACCCUGCACUGAGACCCGGUGAGGCGAAGAGGAGCUGGAGCCGCGCCGCACGCAGCAGGAUGAACCCCAAUGUCACUUACGCCAGCCGUAAGCGGCGGAAACCCGUGCAAAAAAUAGUGAAACCUUCCCCACCUGAAGGAGCGAAGUCAAAUCCAUCGAAGAGGCAUCGAGACAGGCUAAAUGCAGAGCUGGAUCGUUUGGCUGGUCUUCUGCCAUUCCCCCAGGAUGUUAUUGCCAAGCUGGAUAAGCUGUCUGUACUUAGGCUCAGUGUUAGCUACCUGAGAGCCAAAAGUUUCUUUGAUGUUGCACUAAAAUCAUCCAGUUCCACUAAAGCUGACAGAAAUGGCAUCCAGGAUGGCAGUAGGACAACAAAACCUGGAGAGAACAUGCAACUGCUUGAAGGAGAACUUCUGCUACAGGCAUUGAAUGGCUUUGUGCUGGUGAUCACAUCGGAUGCGCUAAUAUUUUAUGUGUCUUCGACGAUCCAGGAUUAUUUGGGUUUCCAGCAGUCAGAUAUUAUACACCAGAGUGUAUUUGAAUUGAUCCACACAGAAGACAGACCUGAAUUUCAGCGGCAGCUUCACUGGGCUCUAAAUCCUAUCCAGUCUGCAGACUCAGGACAGAUAAUACAAGGAGAUAAUGGAUUUUCACAGUCGGCAACAUACUAUAACCCAGAACAACUACCUCCAGAGAAUUCUUCAUUCAUGGAACGAAACUUUAUCUGUAGAUUACGUUGCCUCUUGGAUAAUUCAUCUGGAUUUUUGGCCAUGAAUUUUCAAGGGAGAUUAAAGUUUCUUCAUGGGCAGAACAAAAAAGGAAAGGACGGCACUGCUUUGUCUCCUCAGUUGGCUUUGUUUGCAGUGGCAACUCCACUCCAGCCUCCAUCGAUUCUGGAAAUACGUACCAAAAACUUUAUCUUCAGAACUAAGCACAAGCUGGAUUUUACACCUAUAGGAUGUGAUGCUAAAGGCCGAAUUGUGCUGGGCUACACUGAAGCAGAAUUGUGUAUGAGAGGAACAGGAUACCAGUUUAUUCAUGCUGCUGAUAUGCUUUAUUGUGCUGAGAAUCACAUCCGAAUGAUAAAGACUGGAGAAAGCGGUAUGACGGUUUUUAGACUUCUUACCAAGGAAAACCGCUGGGCCUGGGUUCAAGCAAAUGCACGUUUGAUUUACAAAAAUGGGAGACCAGAUUAUAUAAUUGCAACACAGCGACCUCUUACAGAUGAAGAAGGGGCAGAGCACUUACGGAAGCGAAACAUGAAGUUGCCCUUCACGUUUGCUACGGGUGAGGCUGUGUUAUAUGAAGUGAUGUUUCCUCAGCCUGGCUUAAUGGAUCCUUCUCAGGCAAAGGUUAAAAGUGGCAUUGGAAAAGGAGCUGCUUCCAAGACUAUUCUGCGCAAAGAAUCUGUGGAUCCUAAUUCACUUUUGGGUGCAAUGUUGCAGCAGGAUGAAUCUGUGUAUCUUUGUCCACCUGCUUCAAACAAAAUCUCCUCCUCUUUUGAGAGGAACCUUUUUGCAGAUACCAGAGAUGAAUUGGGCAAUGUAAUGACCAGUGAUUGGCAAGAUAUUUUGCCAGUGGGAAACAACAGCAUCCUUAAACAGGAACAGACUGCAUGCCCUGAGGAAAGUAGUUUGAUACUUCCUGAAGACAGUGUGGGCCUUUUUCAGGAUAACAAGAAUAAUGAACUGUAUAACAUCAUGAAAACUCUAGGCAUUGACUUUGAAGAUAUAAAAUGUUUUCAGCAAGAUGAAGAAUUUUUUAAAAAUGAACUGUCUGGUGUGGAUGACAUUAGAGACAUUGACAUAACUGAUGAAAUAUUGACGUACGUUCAGGAGUCCUUAAAUAAACCAGACCUCUUGUAUUCAGGCUGCCAGCAGCAACAGCCUAUAGUUCAGAACUCCACCUGUGUACUGCCGCAGCAAAUGGAGCAGCCACAACUUGACCAUCGGCAGAAAGAGACAACAGUGGAACAACAUCAGCAUCACCAACAGUUGUGUCAGAAAAUGAAGCACAUGCAAGUCAAUGGGAUGUUCACAAACUGGAAUUCAAUCAACAACAUGCCCCUUAACCCUUCACAGCAACAGUCUCAGCCAUAUAUCUUUUCCAGCAUGCAAGAAAUAACUCAGGAGUUUCCGUAUAAAUCCGAAGUAAACACAGCAACAUAUGCAUGUAGGCAAGAAUUUAUUCCUUACAACCAGCCCACCAGCAUGGUAUCACAACUUCCAGAUUUUACACAGAUAGAUUUCCCAGUAGGAAGUUUUGAUCGGUCAACCUAUUCAACUUCUGGUUUGGAAGACUUUCUCAGUUGUUUGCAGCAAGUCCCUGAAAGUCAAGCUUGUGGAAUAAAUUCUCAACAAGUUAUAGUAACACCUCAGACAUGUUACGCAGGUGCUGUGUCAAUGUACCAAUGUGUAUCAGAAACUCAACCAAACUGCACAGAGCAAAUACAGUAUAAUCCUGUGGUAUCAGGACAACAAGCCUUGCUAAACAAGUUCCAGAAUAGUUUCAAUGGACGAAGCCUGAAUGAAGCAUAUCCACCACAGUUAGAUGCUGUGAACACCCAACCAGAAACACAUCUUCAGCCUCUUCAUCAUCCAGCAGAAUCCAGAUCUUUCUCAGAUUUGGCAUCCAGUAGUUUUAUGUAGUUUGGCGUCAAAAUCCUGUGGAGCACUAGAGCAGGAGUGAAUUAUUAAAUGGAGAUUGAAAAUUGUGAUUGUACAUAAUAUGCAUGCAUAUAGGAUUUGUUAUCCAAAACCUGAUUUUAUAGGUGGAAGUUGGAGCUGUUAUAGCCUAAAAGUAUGCACGUGUAAUUUUCAGAUGGUGGAAAUACGCACUGUUGCAAUAUUAUUAACUGCAUCACAUUGUAGAACAUAAGAUAAGGCAAAUGGUUUUACGGUUUAGAAGAUAAUAUGGGCACGUUGACAAUCAUACUUAGAGCAACAUUAAAAAUGUCUCUUUGAUUAUUGUAGGCUUCCUUUAAGCUGGUGCUCUAAACUGAGAAACAAGUGAAGCACUUAAUUUUGUUGCACACCCACACCUUUCCUUCAGUUACUUUAUUUAGUAGUUUUCAAUUCUUUUAUUUUACAUUUCAAGUUCCAGCACUUUAGUAGAAGGUUUGAUACAAGGGUUUUGUAUGCAGUUCUAGAUUUUGUACAACCAAAUCCAUUGCAUUCCUCCUUUACAGUUAGCCUUAAGUGCCUCACAACAUAGCUACCUUAUUUCUGAAAGGAGCUGGUAGGAAAAAAAAGAUACAUUCACUAUAAAAAAAUCAUCAUCCAUAUUUAUAGCUCUUCAUUUGUUACUUUGGUUGGUUUUAAAAGCUAAAGACCUAUAAGAAGUUUAUUCCUUUUCUGUCAAAUGUAUUUUUUUCCUCUAGAAUUUCAGAUGGUUUUGUAUGCGUGAAGGUUUUUUUCUUUGUUAAAGACAGAGACUGUUGGUUUUAUGUCCUUUUGGUUUUCUACAUUCUUCAUGUAGAACAAGGUGAAAGCAGUUGUCUUGCAGGAGAAAUUUGUCUCCUUGGGAUUAAUUUUGAAUUUCAGAUAGUGAAGAAUUAAAAAAAAACACAUGUGCCUUAUCUUGUGUUACAACAGUCAGUGAAUGGUCUUUCUUGGAAAGUACAAGGCUGCUCUAUGCAAAUACUUCCAGUAAAAUGGUUAUUAAGAGAGGUGGGUUUCUAAAAGCUAGCAAACAGCGAUGUAUCAAUAGUAAACAGUCCAAAAGUUUACUUCUGUAAAAAUUUCUACACUGAGUGUCAAAUUUUGAUUGGCUGCUGUUUUUCAAUUGUUCCAUUGAGGAGAGGGUCUGCUGUUAUUAAAUGUCCCUGAUGAUUGCACUCUAAAGGAAAAAGCUAUCUUUCUAUAUAUGUGAAUUCACUUUAAAUGUCUUUGUUCAAGAGAUGAAAUUGAAAGUCUAUUUUUAGUUCAAUUUUAGAAAGAAACUGUCCUUGUAAUUAAGAAGGAUAUUUUGAACUUUGUUUUUAAAAACAGAAAACAUUGUAUUGGAUUUUUAUCUGAAGAUUUUUAGAACAGUAGACACCAGUGCCUGGUGUGUCCUAAUAGUUUAAAUGAGGGUGGGAGGGGGCGUGUACAUGUUCAAACAACUGAAUACCCUUACAUGUUGUAUAGGUUGUGUGUAAUAAGCACCAUGUAAUGUCUUUGUAAAAUAUUUUAAAUAAGUCAGUUUUAAAAUGUUAUACCAUAUUAAUAUGUGUAUUACAUACAUAUGUACAAUGUAAAUUAUAGUAUAGAUUUUCUUUUUAUAUAUAAAAAAGAAAAAAUAAACCAACUCCCCCUGGAUGUUGUUCAGAUUUUUGGUGAAAGAGCAGUUUGAAACAGUUUUAAUAAAUUCAGAAACUUGCAGGAAUGUUUGUAGUGGCACAAUUGUAUAUGUAAUGGGAGGUGGCAUUAGUUCCUUAGUCACAUCAAAGCUAAGAUUUUAAAAAAAAUCUGAAGCAUGGUCAGUUCUUGCUCCCCAAAACUGUGUAAAUCUGUUCUUAAAAAGAUGGUCAGGCAGCUGGUAGAAUUUUACAUUUAGGGUCUAGCAGUGUGUUUGAGAGCAUUGGAAAGGAAAUAUCUAUUACUUAGUGUGCUACAUUAAUAGUUGCAAAAACGUGUAAUUGUUUGGGCCAUAAUGUCCUUUAAGAUGCUGGGGACUUUGCUUUGGCUAUCACUAAAUGUAUUAGUUUAGAUGUUACCUGAUGCUUUCUUAAUCUUUCAUGUCUGGUUUCCCAACCAUUUCUGUAGUAUUCUUUUUUUAAACAUAUCUGAUUAUUAUUUUUUACAAGAGUAAUAUUGACAAUCAGUAGUUGUACUGUAAAUCUUAAAAGGUUCAAAGGGAUAAUGUAACUUUUUUUUUAGGGAAAAAAAGGGGGGAGGAAAAAAACAGCAAAUAAAGACCUGUGUAUUAUAUCACUUCUGCUAAACCAAAUAUUAUCCCGUCACUAAGUGCCAAGGAUUCAGUACAAAGUGGUGUACUGCCUUAUUGUAAGCUAGUUUCAUUCUGUCGUGCUUAGUAUCAGCUUGUUUUCUACUUUAGCUGUGCCUAUAUACAAUAAACCUGUGUAUUGGUGGUGCACUAUUGAUCUACACCAAACUGAUCUCCUCAAAAGUGAUAAAUUUCUGACUUUGUUAUCCUUUCACUUCCCUGCCUCUACCCCAAAUUCUGAUCAAAAUACUGCCUAGUUUUAAUCAGUAUUACUACCCAUUUUGUAGAAUAUGUCUUGUUUUUUUCCCUCUCGCCUUCUGUCCCCAACCACCCCUUUCAUCAUCUAUGUUUUAUGUCAUGCAAUUAAUUUCUUGUGUGUUAGGGUAUAAUUUUAUAGUGCUUUUAAUGAGCUUCAGUAAUACUUGUAAAGGAUAAUAUAUGGUAAUAAAAUAUCACUUGGUCAGAA